CUCCGUACCAGUAGUCCAUUGAUUUUUCACCUCUUCCAUCUCUGGUCUCAGUCUUCGUCUCCCCCCCCACCCAAAAAAGAAAGAAAGAAAGAGAAAAAAACUCUGGUGUCUGUCUCUUUGACAUCGAUUGGACGAUUGCUGAAGGUGUAGGAGAAAGUUGAAUGCAUGGAUGCCAAUAGUUGGAGAGCGGCGCAACCUCUGGCUCAGCCUCAGGGUGGUGAAGCCGCAGGCAUAGCAGCCAGUGGGGCUGCACCUGCUUCCGGAUCCAUGGAGACCGGCGAUUGGCGGGCUCAACUGCCGCACGAUUCCAGGCAAAGGAUUGUCAGCAAGAUAAUGGAUACUUUAAAGAAGCACCUCCCAUUUUCUGGACAAGAGGGACUACAGGAACUUAAGAAAAUUGCAGUGAGAUUUGAGGAAAAAAUUUAUGCUGCUGCCAUAAACCAGGCAGAUUAUCUAAGGAAGAUAUCUUUAAAGAUGUUGUCGAUGGAGACAAAAUCAUCAAACCCUUUGGCUAAUCCUCCACAAGCUAAUGCUGCCAAUAUUAGUCAAACUCCUCAAGGAACAGGUAAUAACAAGUCUUCAAGUAAAAUGAACUAGAUAAAAUGCCAGAUGAAAGAUGAGAUGAAAUGAUG